CUCGUUCCCUUCCUUGAAGGCGGUGCCUACUAGCUGCCGGUGGAGAGGGUUGUUGUUAUUGUUUGUUGUUGUUUUUGUCUGUAGCAAAGUACUUCAAAAGUACAAAAACUACCCCUGUAAAAUGGGAACCCGCGAUGAUGAAUACGACUACUUGUUCAAAGUUGUUCUAAUCGGAGACUCCGGAGUGGGGAAGAGUAACCUGCUGUCUCGUUUCACAAGAAAUGAGUUCAACCUGGAGAGCAAGAGCACCAUCGGGGUGGAGUUUGCCACCCGCAGCAUCCAGGUGGACGGCAAGACGAUAAAGGCUCAAAUUUGGGACACAGCUGGACAGGAGCGCUACAGAGCAAUCACCUCAGCGUAUUACCGGGGUGCAGUCGGGGCCCUCCUGGUUUACGACAUUGCCAAGCACCUGACGUACGAGAACGUUGAGCGCUGGCUGAAGGAGCUGAGGGACCACGCUGACAACAACAUCGUCAUCAUGCUGGUUGGAAACAAGAGCGACCUCCGCCACCUCAGGGCAGUGCCCACUGAUGAGGCUCGAGCCUUUGCAGAAAAGAACACUCUCUCAUUUAUUGAAACCUCAGCCUUGGACUCGACUAAUGUAGAAGAAGCCUUUAAGAACAUUUUAACAGAAAUCUACCGUAUUGUAUCUCAGAAGCAAAUAUCGGACAGAUCUGCACAUGAUGAUUCUCCAGGCAACAAUGUAGUGGACAUAAGCGUCCCCCCAACCAUGGAUGGGCAGCGGGGCAACAAGGUCCCCUGCUGUCAAAGCCUGUGAUACUUGUAUUUUUACCUUCCUGUUUGACUUACUGUCAGUCCUUCCUCUCUUCUUCUCUGCUUUACUUCAGCUGUCAUGCUGCUGUCAACAUGAUACCCUCAUUGGUUCAGAUGUCCCUGAUCCAAGACUCUUGUAGCUGACAUUCCUUUUUUGCUGGUUUCUUCUUUGAUUUUCCUUGUUUAUUUGUCUUCCUCUGAUUUCAGAAGAGCUUGUGUCUGUAUUACUUUAUGGCCUCAUAGUAGCCUUGAGAGGGAGGAAGUGUUUGCUAUUAUGAGACUGAUCUCAAAGCUGUAGUAAACAACACUUUCUUUUUAAUUAACUGGCCUUUAUGGUCCUAUUGACCCACUCCUGUCAAAGGAACGGUGAGGGAUCCGUGGGCCUGUUUCAGUGCUCCAAAUGUUUUCUACUUGCCCCUUUUUCUCAGCAUGCAAUAUGGGUGUAGAAGAGGGAAUGAGAAGAAGGUAAUGUAUCAGUAGUUUGGAGUAUUGAUGCAUACUCUGGAGUUUCUGGUUGCCUCUCUUAUUUUGAUUUUCCUCUCUGAGCCCCGUGCCCACUGUGGCAUUAAAUUAGCAUGAGCCAGGGACCAGACUGGCUGUGACUGUCUGACUGUCUUAAUAUGGGCAAGUGUGAAACAAAUGAAGUGUUUUUAUUUUUGUCUGCAUGUAUGAGUGUGUGUGUGUGUGUGUGUGUGUGUGUGUGUGUGUGUGUGUGUGUGUGUGUGUGUGUGUGUGUGUGUGUGUGUGUGUGUGUGUGUGUGUGUGUGUGUGUGUGUGUGUGUGUGUGUGUGUGUGUGUUAGUGCACAAAGAUACCAAAGGUGACAGAUGCAAUCGAUAUUAGUGUGAGGUUUCCUAAUUGAAGCGUGUUCAAGGCUGCUAAGAUAUCAGAUCAUUUGGCAAACCAGAUGAUUUGGGGAAAAAUGUGUAAUGCUAUAUAGCAAAAGUAUUGUUAUAAAUUGUGAUGAGUGAUUUAUUGUGAAAUGAUAGUAUCAGCCUGGAACACGCCUAGUGUCUACUUCCUUGCUUGAGUUGACUCAGGUCAAACUCUCUUUCAUCAGGCUGUCUUAAAAGGAAACUCUUUCAUGCACUUAUGUCCAAAAAUUUCAGUGGGAAAAAUAAUCACCAUAUAUUUUUAAACACACACAACAUCUUUAUUAAACAACAUAUUCCUGUUGCUUGUUAGGGAAACAGUGUUGGCUGCAAAGAACAAAAUUCACUAUAUGUUGUGCGUUUUUUGUUUUUAAAGCAGUUUCCUGUCAUGUACCUAAGCAGCUGUCAUUUGAAUGUGGUAUCUGCUAAAGGGGAAUGGAUAAAGAUGUGUGUAAUCUGAGAACAUUUUCAGUUUGAAGACACUUUCACUCAAGCCAGAAAGUUGUUAACUGUGAAAAUGGAACUGAAAAUCAGAAAUGCAAAUUGCUGAUAUGGUUGACUGGAAUGCUAAUUCUAACCCACCUGGCAGAAAUGCUUUCACAUGUGACUGAUUCGGUACAUUAAGUCUCUUGUGAUAUUUAACAAUAUUUGUUAAGUCAGCGAACAUAAACUUGGUUUCCUACUUUUCCAUUACACAGAAAAUAUUGAAGCGUACAUAAACCUAAUUCCCAUGACCAUGUAGCGGAUAGACUUAUUUUUGGAUAAAAAUAAGUCCGUGUGCCCAUGACUUAAUGCUGUGUCUGCAACUGUUGUUGAGCAAUUUGGGUCUCAACUGAUGGGAGGCCAUAGUGUCAGUGGAGCUGUUUGCACACAGUGCAUGCAGCCUCACCUGACAGGCCCCCUUCACAAAUCUAAAGGUAUGAUAGCUAGGCACUCUUACAGAAGAUGAAACCAUGUGGUUUUACACCAUCUUACACUUCAUUACCCUUAUGCACCGAGGGCAGGCUCCUGAAGGUAUUGGAUUUUUGGUUUCAGAAUUCUUCAUUCUCAUUCAAACAUUGUCAACAUGAAUGCAUCUUAGGACUACUUAAUUUUAAUAAAUGAUGGGUUAAUUAUGUAAAACUUUGUAAAAAAUAAAUAAAUAAUAAUAAUGUAAAUUGGUUCUUCAAACUAAUAUGGUCAAUUACAUAUUUUUUGGCUACACAAAUGUUGUUAACCAUAAUCAGUAAUGAAUAUUCACAAUGCGGUUGUAUGACCUGCUUUUUCCAGUUCUGUACAAUAAAAUACUGUGUGGAAAAAGUCCGACCCAACAAUGUGUGCUGAAAACUAACUUUAAUAAAGUGAGACU